AUGCCCAAGGCAGAAGGCGAUACCGAGUUUUCUCAAAUCGAAUGCCACGACCAUGCCCUCAGCGGGGUUGCGCCGGAUGGCAAUGUCGAAUUGCCGGACAAGGGGGUCGAGGUCCCCGUGGCAGGGACCCCUUUAGCUCCCAACCUAGUACCGCUGAUGGAGUUGGAGAGAGGCGUCGUUGGCUGGGAUUCGGUCGAUGACCCUACCAAUCCCAAGUGA